UACUGAGGCUUUUGCAUCCGGGUCCAGCUAACUGUUCCGCCUCGCGCGUCACUGGCGGACGCGAACCCAUCACGGCAGCAGCUGUCAUGUGAAUGAGUUAUUGCCUGAAGUGGAAGGGAUCCAUGUCUUCUCAACGUGCCAACAAAUUGUCAAAGGCCUCCAAGAAAAAUACAAAGAAGAGUCCUAAACCAGAUGUGGAAGUUAUCCAGCGUAGAGUGAUAGAUUGGAGAGUGAGGACAUAUUUGAACCAAGUUAAGGCUGAUGAUAACGUAGCUGACGUGGAUGAGGAAAAGGACUGUUACAUUGUCUACACCUGUAAUGGAAAACAUGAUGGUGAUAAGGACAGAGGAGAAGCUGCAGAGAUAACUGAUAAUGGACUGGAUGAGUCAGAUGAAGACGGUGACUCCGAAUGCAGCAGCAUAGCUUCUGGUCCCUCCUUACAUCAUGCCACCUCCAAGAAGCUGAAGACUUCUUGGCUCCUGUGCUCAGCCUGUCGCAAGCUCUAUAAGAUGGCAAAGGGAACAACAGCACCAGUGAAAAACAAACUCUACGACAACGAUCCACAGUCCCUGACCUGUGACCAGUGGGUGCUGAUCAAAAAGUGGAUGCCAAGAAAACUGCCUAAUACAAGACAGUUAGACCACUUAAGGCGUUUGAAGCGUGUACGGCUGAAUAAGGACAAGGAAAAUCGUUUAGGAAUGGGAGCAACAUCAACCUGCUCGAGGCCACAUAUUUUCCUUCAGAGGAACCUCAGACAAUGUACCACAGUGCGAGCAAAAAAGAAGAGAAAGAACGUGAACGUGAGAAAGAGAACAAGAAAUGACUCCCAGGAUUCCCGUAAUGCUAAGCAGCAGCGUCUUCAAAGCAACAAUCACCACGAGCUCAUCAGUAUUAGUUGUCUGGAUGACUCUCCAAACAACUCUUCAAGCAGCUGGAGUUGUGGCAGUCAAGAAAUCAAAAAUCAGGCUAAUAGAGGUCAGACUGCUGAGGUGAUUCCCUCUCAGAUAGCCCUGGAAACCAUCAAGCAAAAAGAUGUCGGAGCCAAGCAGGAAGCACCAAAGAAGAUGUCUGGGUUCAGACACCUGCUUGCUCAGUUGCGAGGGAACAUGAUUGUCAGAGAAAACUGUUAGCAAGGUCACUCAGAUGUUUACUUUAAACUACUAGCUUCACCUCUCCUGAUAAGUUAUUGUGGAUUGUUGUUAUGCAGCCUGCUCUGUUGGUUCCAUGUAUCGGAAAAUAAUCGACAAAGAACCAAUACAAUGCCAUGCUGUUGAGGUUUUUUUAUUAUUAUUAUUCUCAUAUUUCAAAAUUGAUUGUGUUUAAAAUUUCACACACCUUGAAACUGAAUAAAUUUUGGUUUUUUUUCCCCCAACAUUGAUUUUUAUCAUAGGCCUUUAACAAAGAAAUUAACAUUUGCAUCAGUAAAAUGAAAAAAAAAAUUAUAUAAGCUGUGUGUUAGUUAAAAAUAACUCUUUUUUUGUGUGUGCAAUAUUUUUGGGACUUUGUACUAAUUUCAAGAGAAUGAUACUCAGUUUGCAGUCUCAAAAUGUUUCAGAAAUGUCACAUUAAUUCUUUGUAGUCAGUUAUGUUGAUGGUAUAGUGGAAGUAGUGGUUUUAGACAAGUUUUCUGUUGUUGGAGACAAUGUACUACAGCGCAAUGGGGCAAAUGCUGAAUUUUGUUACCUUUGGAUUGAAAAUUAAAAACCCAAAAAUAA